GUCGCUUCCUGCGUAACCAAACUUUCCCCAAACCGCCGGGAACAAAAACGGAGUGGGAAAGAUACAACGACAGCUUGAAACCUUCUUUCCGAAUUCUUUGAGAACACUGCUCGGGGCUGGAAGAGGAAGUCCGUCUGUCAACAUGGGCCCCCAGCAAGGAGCUCCGUGACUCACUGGUGGACAUGUACAAAGGUAAUCCCAGAGUCAACGCUGAGCUUUGCCUGCGCCUGCCUCCUCCCCUGAAGCAACACCGUAACACCGACACAACAACCCAGCAACACACCAGCACCGGUUCCUCCAGCCCACUCCUCUCUGAAACUGCUGACAGACCACAAGUUUCCUCCAGAUCGCCUCUCUUUCACCGGGGGUUUCCCUCCACUCUCUCUGCCAGAAUCCCUUAUCGGAUCUGGGAUUCAUCCAGGCGACGUCCCCUCUCUCCUCUCUGCUCCUCUCUUGUAUCAGCAGGGCAGAUGGAAGCAGAUGACCCCCCUGCGCCGGGCCUCCUCUCCAGGGCUAACAGCCAAAUAGAUGGGGGCCCGGCUCUUGCUGGUGUUCCAGUCUUAAGGGGACAUCAAAUGAACCCAGACAGCAGCAGUGGUUUUGGAGAUCAGACGGUGGACUCAGAGAAAAACAUCUCCUUCCUCCUAAAAGAGUUGGAUUCACUGAGGGACCUCAACCAGGAGCUGAAAGCCCAGCUGGUCCAGAAGGAGAGGGAGUUGGAGAGGAGGCAGGUGGAAGACGAGUUGAGGGAGGCUGAGCUCGAGGCUCAGGGUUGGGAGAGACCUGCAGAGAAAGGAGGGAUGCUGUGUAUUGAUGCGUUUGAAGAUUGGAAGAUGUAA